UCCAAACAUUCCAGACGCGGCGAACAAUCGCGCCUCGCGCUUUAUUAGUGGCGCAACUCCGCGUGCCUCACUCUAGCGGAGGAGCUCAAUGGGGAAACACCAAUGGAAGUAUAUACUCUUCUUUUAGGAUUAUAUUCUUCAGCAGAAUUACGAGUUAUAACGCCGUCCUCAAGUCUAUUUUGAUGCGACUGUGAUUUCGGUGAGUUUAAAGAUUGACCAGGCAAAAGAGGGAAUUACUUAUACACAAAGUGUAACUUUUUUUAUUAUUGUGCAACAAAUUGACUGAGAUGAGAACUGCAGAGGAGUCGUCAGGCACGGUGCUGCACCGGCUCAUCCAGGAGCAGCUGCGCUACGGGAACCCUACGGACACACGCGCUCUUCUGGCCAUCCAGCAACAAGCUCUUCGUGGCGGUAGCAGCGGUAGUGGUGGAGGUGCUGGGAGCCCACGUUCAUCUCUGGAAAGCCUCACACAGGAGGAGUCGCACUUCCUCCAGACGUCCAUGCGUCAGGAGCCACAAGGACAAGAGCACCAGGGUGACUACCAGCACUCCGAGAGCUCAGCGUGCCAUCUCUACCAGCUCCACACAGAGGAGUUGCCCACCUACGAGGAGGCCAAGGCUCACUCACAAUAUUUGGCUGCCCAGAGGGGCCUUCAGCAGACCGGUCCAGAGAUGCUUAGCCCAGAUUCGGGUCUCCCACAGGACCAGAACAUGUGGGAUCUUAAACGGGAGCAUGCUCGAUCACUGAGCGAGCGCCUCAUGCAGCUGUCGCUGGAGAGGAAUGGGGCCCAUGAUCAGGUGCCUAUGAGCUCGUCACACAGCUAUCCCCAGCUGUCCAGUAGUGCUGUUGCUGGUGUGCAUGAAGGGUCAGAUCACCGUGGGCCACCCCCUGAGUACCCGUUUAUGCUCAAAGCCCCUGGAUAUAUGCUGAGCCAUUCUCAGGAGAAUGGACUCUAUUACAGGGAGCCUCCUGCUUUCCACUCUCAGCAUCACAGGUACGUUCAGGCCCAAACACAGGUGGCUCGACAAAACACCCUACCUACACUGACCUCUGCUGGCCAGGAGGUCAUUGUCGGAGGCUACAGUAUCCCUGCUCCCAAUCUUCAAAUGGAACAGCUGAUUAAAGAAAAUGAGAGGCUGAAGAGGGAAGUGGAGAGUUACAGUGAGAAAGCAGCAAGACUGCAAAAACUGGAGCAGGAGAUUCAGAGAAUAUCCGAAGCGUAUGAGACACUUAUGAGGGGAUCGGCAAAGAGAGAGACCCUUGAGAAAACCAUGAGGAACAAGCUUGAAUGUGAAAUCAAGAGGCUUCAUGACUUCAACCGAGAUCUUAGGGACCGCCUGGAAACGGCUAAUAAACAGAGAGCAAUCAUGGAAGAACAAGACCGCAGCCAGCAUGCCUUUGCCAAACUGGCUGAACAAAAUGAGGAGCAUCAGCGAGAACGGGAGCAGCUCGAGCGUGAGUUGCAGUGUUUGAGAGCUUCCGGAGAGGAGUGGUGUCGGCGUCGCGAGGUGCUAGAGCAGGCUUUGGUGUCUGCUCAGACCCGGAACAGACAGCUGGAGGAAGAGCUGCGUAAGAAGAGGGCAUACGUGGAGAAGGUGGAGAGGCUGCAAAGUGCUUUAGCCCAGCUUCAGGCCGCAUGCGAGAAAAGGGAGGCUCUAGAGAUGAAGCUUCGCACCCGACUGGAGCAGGAGCUGAAGAGCCUGAGGGCACAGCAGUGGCAGUCUCAAGGCCAGCAGGCAAUCAGCACUUCCAUGUCCAGUCUGAAUGUCACCUCUUUGCAGCAGCGGCUAAGGGAGAGAGAGGAGCGCAUCCUGGCUUUGGAGGCUGACAUCACCCGCUGGGAACAGAAGUACCUGGAGGAGAGCACGAUGCGCCAGUUUGCAAUGGAUGCUGCAGCCACUGCUGCUGCCCAGAGGGAUACAACCAUCAUUAACCAUUCUCCCCGGCACUCACCCAAUAACAGCUUCAAUGGAGUCGUGCCAUCAUCUGAUCACAGACAUCAGGAGAUGGAGAAUAGAAUCCGAGCCCUGUACGCCAAGCUUCUGGAGAAGGAUGCCAUGAUUAAGGUCCUGCAGGAGCGCUCACAGCGGGAACAGAAUCGUCCUGAACUCACAGGUCUUCGCCCAGCCCGGUCCGUCCCCUCCAUCAGCACCAUCACCACAACCAGUGCACGGCCCAAAGGGAAGAGCCUCUCGGAUGACCAGACGGCAGCCGUGAUGAUGCCUUCUGCGCCUCAUUCGCUUGCUAAAGUCCAGAGCCGAGACUGCAGUACCCAGUGCGAUGAGCAGAUAGAACCUGCCAUUUCAACAAAUGCCUCCAAUCACACACCUUCACCCAGCUCUGAUGCUACCGCACAAAAGCCUCAGACCCAAACUCCUGUCAGCGCUGCCAAGAGUGCCGAGAGUGACAUGGUGGAGAUUCUCAUCUAAAGAUCUUGGAAAGGAACUUUAACUCAAUCCAGUCUGAUUCUCCUUCAUGUACACGUGAAAGGCGUUCAGAUCGACAGUGUCUGAAUCUGUGAAAAAUGAGUAAGAAUUGCCAAGCAAGAUAAUCUCAUCUUAAUGGUGCUUGAGAAGCCAGUCUGCUUUGUGACAGACUACAGGAGCUUCAAGAGAGAGAGAGGAACCCCAGAUUUCUGCCCAGUACAGAGAGGAGAGCUGAGCUCACUUUUCUUAAAAUAAAACAAACAGUGCUGGGAAAUCUCUCCUGGCUCACCUCUGAAUCCGAGGUACUUGUACAGGACUCUGCAGAACUCCAAGAGGCUGCUGUGAAAUGGCAUAAGAACAUAUAAAACAGUAUAUCUGUGAGCUUUUUUGCCAUGUAUUUUUAUUUAUGAUAAUUGCUGCUGAACUGUGUGUGAGGUUUCUUUAAAGAGUGUUGUAUGUGAGUAGGAACAACUUUAUUAAGACAACUUUUUUUUGGAAUGUCUGUUUUUGACACCCAACUGUUGUUGUCAUGUCAAGUUUCCCUUGAAGCAUUAUCCAAGGGCAGUGUUUCUGAAACAUCUUAGUAUAGCUUUCUGUGUAAGACUAUCCUGCAUUCCUGGAUAAAACACACAGUCACUUUGGUCAUUCUGACCAUUAAAUGUCCCAAAAAAAGGAUGAUAAGGUUUGCCGGAAGCCAAGUAUAGCGUAAACCAGCAGGCCUAGUGUUACACCAUUUACCAGAAUAGUUGGGUAAAUACCGAUUGACUGAACUCUGACACUCCCUUUGACAAAAUUAACAUUACAGUUGGUGUUCUUAUUAUAAUUGGCUGCCAGUGGGCAUCUCUCACCCUGUUUUAAGCAGUGGAAUGAGAAGCCUCCUUUUGUGGACUUAGACUGCUGGGCACGUACUUGUCUCUUUUAUGCCUCUGUCCUUUGCUGACAAGCUGGAGCUACAGUCUCACAUGCCAGAAUGUUCCUGCUUGGUGAAAAAGGCUCUCUGUUGCCUGACCUCUGGCCUGUGUGAAAUGACUGGCAUUCACGCUACUAUUCUCUUUCUGGGUCUAUUUAUUUCCUCGGCGCUACGGUAGCUGGUUCUACCAUGAACACUUACAUCAUAAUAUGGUUACAUACAUCAACAUCUUCAUAUUUGACCAUGUUUGACCUUGAUUGUUAUAGUACUAAUAAUAACAAACCGUACAUCUUAUAUAUGGAAUGCAGCUAAAAUGGUAGUUGAUAAGAUAUGGUAUUAUAAACUUGUAACUGUCUUAACUUGCAUUUCUAUGGUCAAAGCGGCUGCGUGUGUGAGUGUGUGAUGUGAUUUUCUAGUAAGACUAGUAAGCCUGUGUGAGAUUUGAUGGUAAAAUAAGGGUAGACCCAUAUUUCUCCAAAUCUGGAAAGCCAUACUCACUCUAGACUGGAAAUAUGGGUAAUCAGUAUUGUACCAUGUCCUUUCCUAUCACUGAAUGCUACUUUUUCUCCAUUGCCCUGUCUCCAACACAAAUGAUUUGCUGGCCAAUGAUUUGUAGUUGAUGAUGAGGACUCAUGAUAUUUUACUCUCUACUUGGACUGUUUACAGAAAGGGCUGUUUGGAAAAGAAAAUAUGUUAAUAUAUUUUGUAUAUUAUUAUGCCUUUAUAGUAUCUAGUGACAUGAACAUAAUGCCAAAGAUUUGCAUUACAAAUAAGUUAUAUAAUAAGAAUAUUAGAACUAGUAAGGUCAAGUGUAGACACCUUGCUCAAACUGGUUCACCCAUACUUAGAUGUUGCUGUGAACUUCUGGAAUGGGAUUUUUUGUAUGCCAUUAACAUUUCAUUAAUUGAAUAAAACUUUAAUAUAUAUAUAUUUUCAAAAA